AUGCCUGACAAGAAGCUUGUGUCAGUCCAGCAGGUCUCGCAAAACAAUACCGCAGAGCUCUGCUGGAUUGUUGUUAACAAUCAAGUGUGGGAUGUGACUGAUUUCCUAGAAGAGCAUCCAGGAGGGGCUAGCAUCAUUCUGAAGUAUGCCGGUCGCGAUGCCACCAAAGCCUAUUCCGAAGUGCAUACUCCUGGCCUCCUGAAAUCCAACUUGCCUCCUCACAAGUUCAUGGGCGUACUUGACGAGUCCACAAUUAAUGAUGAAUGGGUAAAAGAGCCGCCCAUGGAGUACCCGCAAGUGGUACUGGAAAAUGAGAAGCCACCGCUAGAGACAUUGAUCAAUUCCUAUGACUUUGAGGUUGUGGCGUCCAAAACCACUAGUAAGAAAACAUGGGCAUUCUACUCCAGUGCCGCGACAGAUCUCAUCACCCGAGACGCAAACAAAUCCUUUUUCGAUCGGAUAUGGUUUCGGCCGCGAGUGUUGCGCAAUGUCCGCUCGGUGGACAUCAAGACCAACAUGCUUGGGAUAGACUGUAGCUUUCCCCUGUUUGUGAGUCCUGCGGCAAUGGCGAAGCUCAUCCACCCAGACGGAGAGUGUGCUAUUACUCGAGCUUGUCAGAACAAAGGAAUCAUGCAGGGGAUAUCCAACAAUUCGUCAUAUACAGUGGACGAAUUGACACAGGCCGCGCCGUCUGCGAACUUUUUCUUUCAACUCUAUGUAAACCGAGACCGUGCUAAAUCGGAAAUUCUCCUUCGACAAUGCUCCGCAAAUCCGAAUAUCAAAGCCAUUUUUGUGACGGUUGACGCUGCGUGGCCAGGUAAAAGAGAAGCUGACGAGCGGGUGAAGGCCGACAAGAGCCUAGUGGUUCCAAUGGCACCGGCCAAGGCGAAGAACGACAAGAAAGGCGGCGGAUUGGGUCGUGUGAUGGCCGGUUUUAUUGACCCUGGACUAACGUGGGAUGACUUGGUGUGGGUGCGAAAGCAUAGCCAUCUUCCCGUGUGUUUGAAAGGGGUGAUGUCUGCAGACGAUGCCAUCCUAGCGAUGGAAGCAGGGCUUGAUGGGAUCCUGCUUAGCAACCAUGGGGGCCGCAAUCUUGACACGAGCCCUCCAUCGAUUAUUACUCUACUGGAACUGCAGAAGCGUUGUCCGGAGAUUUUCGACCGCAUGGAAAUCUACGUGGACAGUGGAAUCCGACGCGGCACGGAUAUUUUGAAGGCAAUUUGCUUGGGCGCGACUGCCGUCGGCAUGGGUCGAAGCAUGCUCUUUGCUACUAACUACGGUCAGGAGGGGGUGGAGCAUCUAAUAGACAUUAUGAGAGACGAACUCGAAACUGCGAUGCGCAACACUGGCAUCACUACCCUUGACGAAGCUGGGCCGGAGCUGGUGAAUACAGGUGAUAUCGAUCACCUUGUACCUCAGUUCCGGCAACAUCCAUACGCUCGGAAGAUCGCCAAAGGACGACGUCUUCCAAGCAUUUCGAAGCUCUAG